UUAAAGUGCAGAGUCAUCAGUGCGCAGUCUAACGAAAAUUAACCGCCUGUCGAAGUUUAAUAUAUUUAUCAAAACAAACGACAUUUGUUUAAAGGCACGAACAUGUCGGGGGGAGCUCUUUUUGGAAAUAAUGUAUCUCGCAGUUCUUCCAAAAAUUUGGUGGAGUUUAAAGCUGGAAAAAUGACCAUGAAAGGGAAAAUGGUUUAUCCAGAUACACGAAAGGGCCAGCUAUACGUUUAUCAAUCCGACGACUCGUUGAUGCAUUUCUGUUGGAAAGAUCGUACGACAGGUUUUGUCGAAGAUGAUUUAAUUAUUUUUCCUGAUGAUUGUGAAUUUAAACAUGUUCCUCAAUGCAAAUCUGGAAGGGUGUAUCUUUUACGGUUCAAGUCAUCGAGCAAAAAAUUUUUUGUCUGGCUUCAGGACCUUAAAACAGACAAAGAUGAAGAGUACUGUAGAAAAAUUAAUGAAGUUCUCAAUAACCCACCAACUCCUGGGUCACAAAGGAGUGGCAAUACAAACCCAGAAGGGGAUCUCCAAAAUAUAUUAAAUAAUAUGUCACAACAGCAAUUGAUGCAGUUGUUUGGUGGUGUAGGUCAAAUGGGUGGGUUAGGUAGUUUAUUGGGUACAAUGAAUAGACCUCAGGGUGGGCAAAGUACUAGUGCUUCUGCAACAACUGGACCUGCUAGAGCGCUUAUAAACCCGCGACUUCCUUCGUCACAUCGGCAUAAUUCAAAUCACCGACAUCCACAUCCGCGAAUUACCAUAAAUCCUGUAGGACCUUCGCCACAAACUGUGUCUUUACCAGCAUCUACGAAUGAUACUCCAAAACCGAAUGGAGACAACAAACAAACAACCAAAACGCCAGCUCCGUCGACGUCUGGAGCAGCGAAAGGCGCCAAUAACAAAAUACGACUUAGCGAUCUUCAAUCCUUCUUAUCGAAAAUUCCUACAUCGACGGAAUCGGAAUCUGUUGUUCAGAGGGGCGUAGCAACUGAGCUGACCAAUGCCAUCCCUGCGGCGAUCUCCGCAUCGGAAAGUUUGGAGCGUGCAAUGAGCCCACACUUACCACCAGGGGACCACCUGUGUACCACGCUAUUGUCUCCCCAGUUCUCCCAGGCGCUAUCAAUGUUCUGGUCUGCUUUGCAGUCAGGCCAGGCGGGACCUGUCGUCCGUCAAUUUGGCUUGGGACCCGACGCGGUUGAUGCUGCUACCAGUGGAAAUAUCGAAGAAUUCGUCACUGCUCUUGAAUCUGAAGCUCAGACUGGCCAAGAACAGACACAGCAAGGACAAGAAGACAAUAAUACGAAACAAGCAUCACCGACAUCUAGUCCUGAUAAGAAAGACGACGACGAAGGAAUGGCUUCAGAUUAAGAAACAAAUUUUAUGCGUCUGAUUUCAUCUAUAUUUUCAUUUAGAAGUUGUGGUGUACUCCAACUGAAAAACAACCACUGUGUCCAACAGUGCCAUAAGUGUUGCUGGGAUGAGAGGUACCAAUAAAAAUUAAAUCCAGGACUGCAAUGAUAAUUUGUGCAAUCCAUGAUGCCCAAUGACAAAGGAAAUAUGAAUGAGACUAAACGUGACAUUUAUAACAAAAAUGUACUUAACACGCAUUGUUUAUAAUAAAUGUUGCAGUGAUAUCUCAAUUCAUGAUAUGUACCACGUUUGAUACAAACAAUACAUUUGUGCACACAAAUAUU